CCCCCUCAGCUUGCAACAGAAUUCUCCUUUAGAAUGCCUUCCUCCCUUUUCGUCUCUACUUUACUAUGAUUGAGGAAACUUUGCACCCAUAAAUACUCGUCUGAUAAUUGAUUCUGAAUUUAAAAUUAUUGCAUAAACUCAUCCUUAAACCUUCAGUUUGGUGGACUGACAUCACUGGAGUACAAAGGCAACAUGGGAUGGAUGAACCAUCUGUGGUGUUUGAUGCUUUUUGUUUCAUCAAGCCUCUCUGCUUCUGUUUCAGAGAACUUUGCAGUUAUGGGCGGGAAGUCCAUCUUGGUGGAGCAGAACCAAACAGCCACUUUACCCUGCUGGCUCAGCCCCCCCCCCCCCCCGAGUGCUGAGGAUCAAGAGGUCCAUUGGUAUUUUGGCUAUGACCAUUAUGAUACCCUCGUCAUGCUUUACAGGGCAAAGAUGUUUGAUCAUGGAUCCCAGAGUGCUUCAUAUGUUGGCCGAGUCUCAUUUGGUUUAAAAGACGCAACAUCUGGUGGGCUGAAGGCAGGUGAUGUGAGUCUGAAGCUGGUAAACGUCACGAUUCAGGAUGCAGGGGUCUACACCUGCUUUGUCAGCAGCUUAAAUGCCUACAGGGGCUCAACCGUGGCUCUCAGUGUGACAGAAACAGGAAGUCCUCCUCUUCUGACAGCAGUGUGGAAAGAGGCUAACAUGGUGGAAGUGAGCUGUGAAUCUGAGGGCUGGUAUCCACAGCCUGAGCUGCUCUGGUCACACAAGAAUAAAGCUCUGACCUCCAGUAAUGUGAAAUAUGACAGAGACUCUACUGGUCUUUACUCAGUCCACAGUUGGGUUCUUGUCUCCAACUCGUCUGAAAUCUCCUGCUCUGUUGGUGUUGCUAAUCAAGUGACCAGAGAGGCUGUGUUGCUGCCAAGAAAUAAUCUAAAAGCACUAGGAGAAGCGUCAGAACCUUCCUCAGAUGGAUGGGUGGCUUUUGGGAUACUCGUGGUGGUGGUGGUGGUGGUAUUAGCUGCAGCUGGAGCUGUGUACUUCAGAAAGAGAUUCAAGAAGUCUGAAUCAGAAGGUGACCAACCUGAUGGGCAGAAACUCUCUGAAGAGAUGGAAGCACUCCUGCCAAUAGGAAGGGUGGUACCAACAGCUCUGUUAGAGCCUUCCAAGCAUUACGUGAAUGUUGAACUCAUGGACACAAAAAACCCACACCUAACAAUCAGAGGGUCUAGAGUAAGAGAUGCUAAAUGGUUUCCAGAUGGAGACACUAGAGUUACCUGUCUCACAGCCAUCAGAGGAACAUGUGGAUUCUCUACUGGACAACACUACUGGGAGGUUUCUCUAAAAGAUAACCACUGUGAACCCAAACAGUCCUGGUGGAUCGGAGUAACAAACAGACCUGAAAUCCCUCAGGACAGCCGUUUGUCUCCUAACAUAUCUAAUGGUUUCUGGUGCCUGUCUUCUUCUGGUCCAGGAGAUACCAUCCAGUGUAGCACUGACCCGGAGACGUCUCUUCAUGUCCAGUCAAGACCAGAGACAGUUGGUGUUUAUUUAGACUUUGACUCUGGAGAACUCUCCUUUUACAAUGUGGAGGAGAAACAGCUAAUUAUAUCGUUGGCAGUUAAGUUUAAAGAAGAAAUCUUUCCAUUUUUCAACCCUGGGAGAGGUGACCAGUCAGCUAUGGAGAUAAUACAGAAGACAGAGCAGGUUGAGUGUAACGAUGACGUCUGAUCAUCAUUAGCAGAUGAAGUAAAACUUGUUGUUUCUAAUCAUGGUGCGUUUUGCCCUGUACUCUUGUGUUUUUUCCAUACAAAAAAUUAUAACAUCCAUUUCAGCCAGGAACCCUUAUUGGUGUUAGGUUAGCACUAUCUCACUCCACCAAGCAGAUAUUCACAUCAUUUUGUUCCUUCAUCAAUAGCCUCCUAAAUCCUGUCAUCUAAAUAAUGUCCACCUCUUCUUUGUCACCCAACUGGCUGGUGUUUGAUGGCUGUGUUGUUUUUGCUUGUGUUUAUUACUUUCACCUUCUUCUUCAGUUAUACUCGGAUACAAAAACAAUCUUUAGAGGCUUUCCUUUGGUUAAAAAACACACAAAAUCAGGGGGAGAGCCUUUAUUACAUGAAAAAUAAUACACUAUAAAGCAGUGAGCCUCAACUGGCGGCCAGUGGGCCACAUCCAGCCCGCCAGACCUUCCCACCUGGCCCCUCAAACCUUUGGGCGGCAAAAAUCAUGUCCCAAAUAUCAAUAAUUGUUUA